AUGAUGAUUGUGCGUAGUAUUUACAGAGGCUGGAUUAUACUGGGAAUUGCUGUGAUAUUAUUCGUGUUGUUCUCGGGAAUUGAGACGGCUUGGGGGACAACAAUACUGUGUUUGCAACAGGACGAAGACUUUUUAAAUGCGCCACUUGCACUGUUAGGUGCUCCUCUAGCAUUGUAUUAUUUCUCUCAUUUUUCUGUGAGUAACUUUAUCUACAAGGCGCUAUCAAGAGUCGGACACUUGAGUCUACGGCAGGUGGCAGCUCUCGGAAUAUCUCUUAUGGUGCUCGGCCUGUUUCUGACAUCUUUUGCAAAUAGCGCCUACUCUGUGACCAUAUCGUAUGGACUUAUAUCUGGAAGUGGCAACGAACUAUUUUCUUUAAGUAUGUAUUUGGUGAUAGCACGUUGGUUCCCAUGGACACACGACUACCACGUGUUUACAACAAGUGCAUUAAGUGCUAUCUUGCCCCUUGGCACAUCAAUUGUGAACAAUGUGAAUGCCCAGAUGUGCGCAGAUCCGUCACUAGGGUGGCAGUGGGCGUUCCGACUUUAUGCAGCCAUUUUUGGUUUCCUUGGUCUCCUGCUUAUCCUGCUGUUCGGGAAUCCACCAAUGACGUUAUCUGAAAAUGAUUGCAGUCCAACCAAUAAAGAAUCAAAUUUUGUACACCCUUGGUCAAAGUGUUCUAAAGUUACCAUUCACGGAAUAUGGUCCAUAGCAAUCUUCUGCAAAGGAUAUUCUUACUUCCUUCCUUUCGUUAUUCUACCAAAACAUUUGACAGAUCUCGGAUAUCAGGAAAACGAAGCAGAGUAUGUGAUGACAUUUUUAGGAAUAAUGGGCGUGGUCGGACAGACGUUUUCUUCCUGGAUCGGGGACCGCCUGAAGGGAAAUUUGUUGUUGGUGAACCUUGUAGCGGCGUCAUUACUCACCGUCAAUAACAUCGUUGCAGUGUACUGGACAACGUUGACCGCUGCCUUUGUAUAUAGUGCCGUCACAGGUCUAGGUUUUGGCCCAUACAACGCCGGGUACUAUGCCAUCAAUUAUGAGAUCAUGGACGGAGAGAAUGUUGAUACCUUAUUCAUGACAAUGCGGUUUAGUAAAGGUAUCGGAGCUGCUGUAGGGCCAUAUCUGGCAGGACAUGUUCGUGACGUCACCGGUAGUUACUACGUUGUGUUUAUAUCCAUCGCGGCAUGUUUAGGUCUGUUUGACUUAGCUACGUUCUUUCUUGUAUGCGUCAAGAAGUUUAGAAAAAUUGACAGUCUUGAACUGAUGAAGAACAGCAGCUCAGCAGAGUGAAAUCCAGACUUGACAUUUAAUAUGGAAUAUUUCGGUUUCGAACGUAUG